AUGUAUGAUGGUGUGGGUAAUGAAGAGGACAAGUGUGUGAAGUUUGUGAGUGGUCUUCGCCCUGAGAUCAAACAAGUUUUCAAUUACCAAGGGAUCACUCAAUAUUAUGAACUGGUAAACAAGUGUCGAGUCUAUGAUGAGGACAACCAUGCUAGAGUAACUCAUUAUAAGAGUGGAGGACCCAUGAAAAAUCAUAAUAAGUUUGGGUCAUCUAGUAAGGGUAAACCUUACACCAAGUCUGUCGGGGAUUCGAGUUCUAAAGUAAAUAAUCAAGGUUCUGUGCAACAAAGGAGCCAAGCUCCAAUGGCUAGCCAAACUUCUAGAGGGGGGAGUGUGGGUUCUGUUCCACGCAAAAACUGCUUCAAAUGUGGGAAGCCAGGUCAUAGGGCAUAUGAGUGCUGGGUGCCAAGAGUAAUAACAUGUUACAACUGUCAAGAGAAGGGACACAAAGCUCAUGAGUGCCCCAAGAACAAGAAAGGAACAAAAGAGGUUGGAGGGAGCGCUAGCAAACCUAGAGCGACAGGAAGGGUGUUUGCCUUGAGUGGUGCUGAAGCUACUCAAUCCGCAGACUUAAUCCAAGGUAUGGACUGGUUAUCUUCCAAUCAUGUCCUUUUGAAUUGUGCUGAUAAAUCUAUUGUUUUUGGCGAGCCUAUUGAAAAGGUGAGUAAGGACUUUUUGAUUGCCAACCAAGUUAAGGUAUCUUUGCAAGAGGAUCCCCAAGUGUACAUGUUGUUAGCUUCUUUGAAUUCUGAUAGCAAUGUUUUGGUGAAUGAACUGCCUGUUGUGUGUGACUUUUCGAAUGUCUUCUCUGAUGAUAUGUCUACCUUACCACCUACAAGAAAAGUAGAGUUUUCCCUCGAUUUAGUAACAGGAAUAGGACCUAUUUCUAUUGCUCCUUAUAGGAUGUCACCCGUAGAGUUAGUGGAGCUUAAGAAACAAAUAGAAGACUUGUUGGAAAAGGGGUUUGUGAGGCCUAGUGUAUCACCACUUCCCAUUCCUCAGCAGAUUUGGAGUGAUGUUGCCAUGGAUUUCACAACUAAAUUGCCUAAUUCUCAUGGAUUUUCAACUAUCAUGGUUUUUAUGGAUAGACUCUCAAAAUUUGGUCAUUUCAUUCCUCUAAAAGCUGAAUUUAAUAGAAGAUUGGUGGCAUAA